AAUGAGACAUGACACAUGAGACAUGAGACAUGAGACAUGGUUUACAAGGUACCGAACCCAUUAGCAAAACCGAGUUUUCCAAUUAUAAAAGAGUGCAGAGUGCAGAGACGGCAAAGCUACGUUGAACUAAACUCCCUCAGGUCCAGGUGAGUUUGGCAUGCAGAUCCAACCCAAAACUCUAUUUAUAUCCAUUCAAAUUCAAGUUCAAGUGUUCAACCACGCCUUUCCCUGUUCACAACUUUGGCCACAUUCCACUCCGCACUGUCACAACACUUGAUUCUUGGCGUGCGUCAGUCAACUAACCUGGAACACCGUCAGGUACACAGUUACCGUGUUGUACGUGUCUUUCAAACGUCACCCAAUUCAACGUUACACACGUAUUAUUUAUUAUAACUACUGUUAUUAUUGCUACUAAAAUCACCACCCACCAUCAUACUACUAGCAUUGCAACAAGGUAGCUGAGGUUGUUAUUAAGAUUAUGGGGAAUUGCCAAGCUGCGGAAGCGGCUACGGUUGUGAUUCAGCACCCCGGGAACAAGAUCGAGAGGGUUUAUUGGUCGCUCAGCGCGCACCAGGUUAUGAACUCAAAUCCUGGUCACUACGUUGCUCUUGUCGUGUCCUCGCCCACGCUUAAGUCGUCCGACAAUGCCACGCCUAUGAAACAACUUAAGCUUCUCCGACCCGAUGAUACUUUGCUUAUUGGUCAGGUUUAUCGCUUGAUCAGUUUUGAAGAUGUGUUGAAGGAGUUUGCUUCCAAGAAAUGUGGUAAACUCGGGAAAUUGCUCAAGGAGACAGGUGGACAUGGGGUUCAGAUGAAACACAAAGACUCUAGAGCACCAAAUCCUAGCCCAUGUUCCAAAUCUGAAAUCGGUUCUAUUAAGGUAAACAAGUUUCAUGUUAAUCAAUUCUAGCUACCUCUCUGUUUCAAUUCUUUUUUUUUUUUUUGGUUGGCCUCCUCGCGUGCAACUAAUUAAAUUGGUUUGAUAAAUUAUUAAACUAAUGUCUGGUUUGGGGGUGGGAUAUGAUGAUUAUGAUUAUGAAUAUACCAUGCUGGCAUGUUGCGUUUUGAUUGUGGUAUCAUGGUGGAAGAAUAGUACUACUUUUUUUCUUUUUUAUUUCCUUGGCUUUAAGGCAUGGUCUAAUUGGAUUGUUGAGGUGUAGCAUUUUUGUUUUUCUUCUUUUUUCUGAAUCAGGCAUGAAAUGAAUAAAGGCAUCUUUAUCUUGAUUCUGUUUGCAUAAUCUUAUCUUCUGUACGUCCGCAGAAUUUUAUCAUUAUUUAAUUAAGUACGAAUUAGUUGGGACAGAGACACUGGAGUGGUGAGUGCAUGUAAUGAUUGCUUAUUUGUUUUAAUUACAAGUUUCUGCUACGAUAUUUGGUACCUACAGUCAUCUACAAUCAAUCCAACGCUCCCACAGAAUUUAUAUUAAUAAGGAAGUUCUAAGUAAACUCAACUACUAAUUUGUUGUUGCGUGCUAUUCCAGUGACCAAUUUUAUUCUACUACUAGUAUUACCUAAUUUGGUCGUGUAGGAGGGUCCU